AUGUUUAUGGAACGUCGACUGAGAGCGAUUGUUCUUCCAGCUCUUGUGUUCAUUUCUCUUUACAGCUUUCUACCUCAUAAGGAGCUCAGGUUCAUCAUCUAUGCGUUCCCAUUGAUCAACAUCUCAGCGGCCGUGUUCUGUGGAAGAAUCUCGACGCAGUCAAAGGAGCUGGCAAUGAUCAGCUUCGUCUGUUUCGGCCAAUCUCUUCCUCAGGGCCCUCAAUAA